AUGGGGGACCAAACUCCUGAAACAACUAAACUAGCGACCUUUUUUUCUUCAAUCAACAAAUUUGCCUACCUUUGUGGGCUACCAAACUUUGUAAAUAAUGAUUACAAUUUACCGCCUUCCCUUGUCCGCUUCAAUGCAAUAUACGUGAAAAUAAUAAAUACAAUGUUACUUACUUUCGUCGUUAUAGAAAACCUGUCGUUUAUCACACAAAAAAAUCUUACGCCAAAGCAGAAAAACGAUUUGUUGACUUUGGGCGUUUCUCACUUCAUGCUUUGUUUCUAUUACAUUAGUUUGUAUCUGAAUAGGGAUACUGUGAAGCAAAUAGCAUAUACUUUGACGAUAUCUUUGAAGAAAAUUUACAAUAAUGAGAAUGUAGAGAAUGCCGCUAUAAAAAGGUCCAAAUUAUACGCGGUGAUGUUCCUUGCAUUGUAUGGAAAAUUCAUCACCGUGAUUACAGCCUUUCCAGAUGUUGAAGAGGACAACGUGGCUGGGAACAUAUGGAGAGUUGUAUUUUAUGUAUUUUGGUGGUUCUUUAUGGUGCGAGUUAUGGCCUUGUUUGUCGUGGUCAUAACAUCCAUUAUUUAUUUGAGUUAUCAGUAUACAAAUCUACAAAGCUACUUUUACAGUCUCACCACGAUAUUUGACGAAGACAUAAGUCAGUCGGAAAAGGAGAUGAAAUACGAGCAAGCUCUUAAGACUGGCAUACAGUUGCAUAUAGAUACAUUAAGAUGCACGGAUGAUAUCCAGCAAGCGUUCUACGUAGUAUUAAGUGUCCAGCUAAUGAUAAAUAUGAUGACUGUCGUUCUGGUCAUGAUUCGUGUUAUGACAUCAGAGCACACUCCCAUGAACUUUUUAGCUACGGGCGUUAUGGGGUCCGCCAUUCUGAUAGGUACUGGUUUCUUCAUGUGGAACAUGGGAGAUGUCACUGUCGAGGCAAGCAAGGUUCCCACAGCUAUCUACAGCUCUGGGUGGGAAAACUGUACCAGAGGCUCGUCGGCUCGCGUGCGACACCUCAUCUUUUUCUCUAUAGCACAAGGACAGAAGAAUGUGGCCAUACGAGCUUUGGGGGUUGUCGAGCUUUCCUACGCAUCUUAUGUAACGCUCGUAAAAUCGUCAUACAGCGUUUUCUCUUUGUUUUACUAAAAUCAACGUAGCUCCGGCAAUUGAGUAUGUUCUUUCUAUUGUAAUAAUAUUAACAAUAAAAGUAUUUUGAGGAA